AUGGCUGGUCCUGGGCUUCGGUGUGGCCUGCUGGUGCUGCUGCUGGUGCUGCUGCUAAGAAGAUUCUCCACAUCUGUUACGUUUACCACCAUCGACAAGACACAAUUACCCAUUCGUUCGUCCAAGGGCCUUAGGCCCAGUGCCAAGUGCAAGUUGAAAGUGCCGCUUUUGAAGUCGCCGUCUCAUUUCGGCCACUACUCGUCUCGCAUGAAUAGAAGAUACAACGAAGACAAGUACAGUGCAUGUGUGUUGGAUUUGAAUGGCAGGACCACGUUCAACUUUAAUAUUUUCGAUGGCCAUGGCGGUGACCAGUGCCUGACUUAUUUGCUGCAUAACUUGGGCUCUGUGGUUGAAGAGUCUUCCUUGUUGUGUGAUAGCAAGGAAGAUGCCACUAGACAGAGCCUAGUGAAGAAGUAUGCCAAAAACAUUGGCGGCUACUGGCGCAGAUGGUAUAAACAACGACAACAGAACUUUGAGAAGAUGGCUAACGUCCCGCUUCAGGUGAAGAAAUUGGCGAAAUUGGGUGAUGUCCUGGAUGACCUCCCGCUUAGAUUGCCGCUUUCGUUCUUACAAACGGAUUACGAUUUCUUUAAUGAAAAGGAUAACAAGCUGGGCUCAACGUGUACGUCUGUCUACUUAGAAACGCUCCAUGCCGAGCUGGAGGGUGAGUUCCAGCCAGUCUACGAAAGUUACUACUUUAAUCGUGGAACAAUAAACAAAUUGACUGUGGCUCAUGUUGGCGAUACCAAGGCAAUUUUGGUCGAUAAGAACGGUGACGCUCACCCUCUUACGAUUCCCCAUCAUCCGCUGAAUCCUACUGAGUCUUCUCGGUUAAGAAGGUACUCUGCCAACUACUUCAUGACAGACUCUUUUGGCGAAGAACGCUUCAUUUCAUUGGCUAAUACUAGAUCAUUUGGCGACCUUAAUUAUAAAGAAAUGGGUGUUACUGCAGAACCAGAAGUGUCUCAGCUUAUCUUUGGUGACCACAAGACAAUUCAGGAGAAGCUUUCACCUCAGGAAAUCAAAGAACAUACCGUUGGUGGACUUGGCGGGGACGAGUCCUUCUUGGUGCUUUGCACAGACGGCAUAACAAAUGAGCUUACUGACCAAGAGAUCGCUGAUAUCAUCAUGACGAAUUUCAACAUGAGGGGGCAUCAAGCUGCCGCUCCACAAGUCUGUGCAGAGGAAGUCGUCAAGUUCGUAGAGUACAUUGGAGGAGAUGACAAUGCUACUUGCCUCGUUAUCCGCAUGAAUGGCUGGGGCCACUGGCCUAUGAUUGAUAAAACUGGACAACUUCGGCAAGAAAGGUUGAAUGCAUACUCACCAAGAGACCGUGGGUCUGGCUAA